GCCGUGUUGUCAGCGGCUCUCUGGCGCCUCUAGCGGCCACAUUGCGCCACUGGGGGAGGGGACACGGCGGCGAGUCUUUUGUGGAGUGGGCUCGUGUGAAUGAAUGGAGAGCCCGAGGUGGAUCCGGGGAGGGCGGCGAGACGAAGCAGCCCACGACAUGUGGUCAACUUCAACGGCCCGUUGUGUAAAGUUACUGGAAGGAUCUCCAUCCACAGUUUGGCUUCUUUAAAUACAGUCACGCAGGUUUUCUUCUCCUCUUUCUUGCAAUCCCUUUCCUGCACCGAGCGAGCUCCACCGACAGACGUCCGACGAGGACAUUUCUCUUUUUUCUUCUUCUCCUGUUCUCUCGCAUGCGUGCGCGCUAACAACCGGUUAUUUACAGUUCGGCGCGGACUCCAGACUUGUAGCUGCGCCUCACCGGUUGUGAGACCCGGUGUUGUCUCUUCGUGGAGGCUUUUGUGCCCCCUCGUUUCCGCGCAUUCCCCCCCCCCCCCCCCCAAAAACCCAGCGGUGGGAGUUGCAGCUUUGUUUCUCGCCGCCGACCACAGACAUAAACCCGGCGGAGGCACCUUUUCUUUUUUUUUGGAGGAGCGUGAGCGCAGACAUGGAGGAGCUUGAGAAUGCCUUCAGACUAGAGGAGACGACUUAAACAUCGCGAGGGGAUAAGCAGCGAGACCGACACACGCCGGCGGACGGACCUGCGAGGAGCUUUUGUUGGUGCAGGGGGGGAGAGACAUCUUUUCCCAAAUUGUUCUUUCUCCCGAGGAACUGCAUGUAUAGAUGGUGCGGAACAAGUGGACCAUGAAUUCAGUUCUGCACAAAUCUCCACCGAGGAGCUGGCUCGGUCUCAGAUUACGACUCAAUGACAAGCCCGUCCAGGAGGAAGACUGGGUGGUGUGCCAGCACCCUGAGUGUCCUGAGCGCCGGAGGGCCUCCAAGGUUUGCCACCACCCAGACUGCCAAGACCUGAAUCACAAAAGCCCCCUUCACCUGUGCGAGUCAUGUGACUCACGCAGCCAUUCAGAGAACACAGACAACAUGCACUUUGACCGGCACCCCCGAUUUGACUUACAACCUCAAGCCUCCAUCCUGGCUCGAAACGUGUCCACGCGCUCCUGUCCCCCACGCACCAGCCCCCCCUCCGACCUGGAGGAAGAGGAUGAGGGCAACGGUGACCGCGGGGAGCGUAAAACAGGGGGGUUGAAGUUGGUGAAAAAGAAGACCCGGAGACGACACACUGACGACCCCAGUAAGGAGUGCUUCAGUCUUAAGUUUGAUCUCAACGUGGACAUAACCACGGAAAUUGUACCUGCAAUGAAAAAGAAAACUCUGAGAGAGGUUGUAGGUCCAGUGUUUGAGAGGAAUGGCAUCGAGCUGUCUCGGGUUGACUUGUUCCUGGAUCAGUCCAACACACCGCUGUCUCUCAACUUUGAGGCCUACCGUUUUGGAGGACACUACCUCAAAGUCAAAGCGCGGCUAGGUGACGAGCUGAAGGUGGAGCAGGGUGUGAAGGACUUGCGGUCGCUUAGUCUGCCCAACAUGAAGCCCUCUGGAGGUCUGAGCCCCUACAUCCUCACGCCAGCCAGCGAGAGGAUGGAGCAUGGAUCUCUGGGACGCAAAGAAAUCGUAGAUCUGUUGGGUCAGUCUCGGCGGAGGAAGAACAUGACUGAGUACUUGGGAGAAACGAAUAUUCCCACCCCGGAUGCUCUGGUAUCGACCGGUGGCUCUCUGCCCGGCAUCGGGGCCGACAGCUGGAAGAACCGCGCUGCCAGCCGCUUCAGCGGCUUCUUCAGCUCCAACGCCGGAGCGUUUGGCAAGGAGGCGGAUCGUCUGGAGCAGCUCCAGAGCAAGCUCCACUCCUACAUGUUGUUCGGGCUGCCCAAGGUGCCGCAGCAGCUCUCCUUCCACCAGGACUCCUGGGAGGAAGAGGAGGAGGAGACCAACCUGUCCCUGGAGGACAGCUGGCAGGUGUUACUGGACAACUCGGAGACAUUGACAAGGCGACAGUUCCACCAGCAGGAGGCGAUAUGGGAGCUGCUGCAUACCGAGGCCACCUACAUAAAGAAACUCCGAGUCAUCACUGAUCUGUUCCUGUGCGGGCUGCUGAACCUGCAGGAAAGCGGUCUGUUGACCGAGGUGGAGCCCGCCAAGCUGUUCAGUAACAUCCAGGAGAUACUGCGACUCCACACGUCCCUGUGGAACCAGGUCAUGCUGCCAGUCCUGGAGAAGGCCAGGCAGGCCCGGGCUCUGCUCGACCCCACCGACCUUCACCACGGUUUCCGGACGUUUGGCUCCAGGUUCCAGCCCUACAUCCGUUACUGCAUGGAGGAGGAGGGCUGCAUGGAGAACAUGCGUACGCUCCUCAGGGACAAUGAGCUCUUCAGGACCUACGUCACGUGGGUAGAGACCCAUAAGCAGUGUAACCGCCAGAAGCUCCCCGACAUGUUGGCGAAGCCUCACCAGCGACUGACCAAAUAUCCACUCCUCCUGAAGAGAGUUCUCAAGAAGACGGACGAGCCGUCGGCCCGGGACAUCGUCAACAGCAUGGUGGCUGCUGUCGAGGGCUUCAUCAACAGCGUGGAGUCUCAAAUGCGACAGCGUCAGGAACAACAGAAGCUGGCCACCAUCUCUGCUCGUAUCGACUCCUACGAGGCUGUAGAGGGGAGCAGUGAAGAGGUGGAGAAGAUCCUCAAGGAGUACAACCGCUUCGACCUCAUGGCUCCCAUGAGAGGAAUUUCACCGGAGGAGACUCGACAGCUGCAUCUUGAAGGAGCUCUGAGGAUGAAAGAGGGCAAAGACAGUCGGAUGGAAGUUUAUUGUGUCCUGUUCACCGACCUGCUGCUGAUCACCAAGCCAGGGAAAAGAGUUGAGAAAGUCAAAAUCAUCCGGCAGCCUCUCCUCAUUCACAAUGUCGUCUGUAAGGAACUCAAAGACCCCGGCUCAUUCAUCCUAAUCUACCUCAAUGAGUUCAAAAGUGCAGUGGCAGCCUACACUUUCCAAGCCAACAGCGCCACCCAGGGGCGAAGCUGGAUCGAUGCAAUCUGCAAUGUCCAGAACCAGCUCCAGAAGCUUCGCACCGAGGAGGUCCUCCGGCAGCAGAACAGAAAGAAGAGAAGUUCACAGGGUGACGAAGAAGAAGAAGAAGAGGAGGAAGAUGAGAGCAGCAACUCUACCACAAGCUCCCCAUGCCUCGGGCACAAAGAGCAGCAGAACUCGAGUCAAUCAGAUGGCUCGACUGAGACCCUGUCAGUGAUGGACAUUGAUGACCCCGGCGAACACCAAGAGCUUCCUUCCCCAAACAUGAACCUCCAGGGAACCAGUAAGAACGACUCUGAUGUCUCUCUCACGUUGGAGGUCCAGCAGUCACAUUCCAAGAGCACCCACAGAGUUCACUCCGGUGUUUAUUCUGAGCACAUUCAGGAGGCGGGGCCUGGCGGCAAGGAGCUAGACCCUCAGUGCCGCUCUCUCUCCAUGGACAGCGCCUAUGGCACCCUCUCUCCUGAAUCCCUCCUGAGAGGACUUCUGCCUCAACCCGGCCAAAGUGAAGGAGAGGAGGAAGAGGGAGACCGGGAGGUCGAGGAGACGGAGCAGGGAGAGACAGUAUUCGAGGAAGAAGAAGAGGAAGAGGAGGAGGAUUCUGCCUCACUGGGGUCCCAGCGGUCAGUGAUCCAGGCCUCUAAACCUCGCCGCCGGCCUCAUAUUCAGUCACGACUCCACUGCCUCCAGAGGUUUUCCAAUCUGGCUUUAUCCCGCUCUGAGGACAAUCUACUGCAGCGCCUCCAUGGUAAAAUCCCUGUGUACCCCCCACACACACACAGCUCCAAGGCGCAGGACCAAUCACAAUGCAGGGACACAUCACCGCUGGCGCACAGUAAAAGCCUGAUAGAGGUAGGCCAAACCUGCGUGAAGCUGUUUUCCAGUGACCUCGACCAGUCUGAAGACGGCUUGAGCAUGCCCUCUGACAAACUCUGUGCCACCCUGAGGAGGGCGGAGGCCCAGCACGGCCACGCAGCGCCCGCCAGACCAAGUGAGGGCGACGAGUCCCAAAGCAACAGCUCAGACGGGGAAACGGCUCCGUCUGCCUGCGUCGAAAAGAAAAGCGAGUCCACGGCCACCGGCGAUUCGGGGGAGAUGUCACUUAAAAAGAAGAAAUCCCCGACCCAGCAGCACAAGAAGCUGACGCUCGCUGAGCUGUAUCGGAUCCGCACCACUCUUGUCCUCAACUCUACACUCACUGCAUCGGAAGUAUAACCACUCUUUCACACGGCUGGCAUGUGGGCAUAAUAAGGAACAACACGUGUUUUGCUUCGAUGGACUGAAUUUCUUGUGACACGAAUGCACUCUCUCUUUUGCUGCCCUCUCCCUUCUGGUUUCUUUUUGGACACUGGCAGUACCAUUUUCUUUCACGACAAAAUGUUUUUCUUUGCUGUUGCAUUGGUUUUCCGAAUUUCUUGAGUGGAAGGGAGAGGCAAAGAGACAACAACUGAUUGCACUUUGCAACAGAAGUAGCAUUAUAGGGGCUGGGAUGUUCAGGUGGACUGGGGGAUUGUGCAUCUUCUCAGUCACGAGAGGCGAAGAGAGGAACACCAAGUCUUGAAAAUGCUCUCUACACCUGGCUAAAAAGAACCUGCACCGACUAAUAUUUAUACUACUCCUGGUUUGCUUUAGCAAAAGAAAAAAAAAUGAAAAUUGCACAGCUAUAUGUUAAGUAGAAGAAUCACUAAAGAGUGAAUUUACAAUUGGUCACACAAUGAAUUUGAACUUAUUGUUUAAUGUCUGUGUCUGCGUGUGUGUGUGUGUGUGUGCGUGUGUGUGUAUGUGUGUGUGCGUGUGUGUGUAUGUGUAUGUGAGAGAAAGUGUGAAAGAUUGUCUUGUGUUCGAAUGAUCACACGGUCCUCGAUUCCUGACUGAACCAUAACUGAUUCCCCAUCUCCUGUGAAUAUGCUAACACACCCAAAGAUGGAAGUAGCCAGUAGAUUACCAACCACCAGAGAGGUCCAAUACAGCCAUCAUCUGAUUCCUCAGAUGGACUUCUUCUGUUUUGGUAUGUUGAACUAAUGAGAGUUGAGUUCCGAAAAAAAAAAAGAAGAAGAAGAAAAAAAAAAAGACUGACUGAAGAAGCACAAGCAACAAUGUGGUCAUAGGAAGAACACAAAAGAGGUCUACACUUACUGUAGUACUGCCUGUGCACGCUAACAACAACAAAGGUUUGGGUUCUAUAUUCUGUCAUGCGUGAAUCAGAACAACGCUUUUUCCAGGAGAUUCACUCAACAUUCACCUUGUUCCAAACAUCGCCCAAACCAAAUAGGUUAACUCUGUUUACUUUUAGUUUAGUUUUUUGUUAAUGUGUAAUAUUUAUUAUGCCUGCUAUGUUUUAUAUAUAAGAUAUUGUUUAUAUUGUUUGCUUCAAUGAUUUGUACAUUUGUUUUGUUGAUGUAAUCUUAAUAUUUUUUUCUUGCCAGCCAUGACUGUGCUAUGAACCAAAUGAUGUGUUUCCUCUUUCAGGAAUAAUGUUAAAGUGUCUUACAGAAUAAAAAUGCUCAAAUACUUUAUCCCUCAUUUAAUGGUUUAAUCCAUUGUAAUGGAGUGAUUUGUGGGGAAAAGCUGAAUCUGAAUGGCAUUAAGCAUUAAAACUACAUGAACUGGU